AUGGCACAAUACAGUGUGGAGAUCCGAGGGCAACAGAGAGAGAACCGAGUUUGCCAAGCUUGCUUCCUCAUUGGAGAGGACGGCCAUGUGUAUGAAGGCCGAGGCUGGCACAUCAAGGGUGACCAUACGGGGCCCACCUGGAACCCCAUAUCUAUCGGCAUCACCUUCAUGGGGAAUUACAUCCCCAAGUGCCCAGCGCCCUGGGCUGGGGAAUCUUGGGACCAGCUUUAUGAAGUCAUCCAGCGCUGGGAAGGGUACCGAGAGUGAGACCCUGUGUGGCCACCACCCUGAAAUCCCUCCUGCUACAUGCUCCGUCCCCACCCCGUCUGUCCUCCCAGUGACCCCACCAAUAAAGAGA